GGACUCUGCUCAGGACCUCAAAGCUGAGAGGGCUCAAGCAGGAGAAAGGUGAAGAAGAUGAAGAACCUGGUGGUGUUUUUGCUGUGCCUGGUCUUGUUGACCGUCUACACAGGUAGGAAACACACAAGCAAGAGCUUGUUUAAUGAAACAUAGAGCAACAUUUGAAUCAGAGGCACUUCAUCUGACAAUCAAAUGUAAUGGAAAUUUGACCUCUUUUGGAUCAUUUUGCGUAACUUAGCAUGAAGUUUUUGUUACAGGACUGUAUGUCAGUGCAGAAUUAAAAAAUGCAAAGGAGUUUAAGAAGAAAAAAGUUCUGCAUUUUACAGCAAAACUUUGCACAAACAGACCAAUUCCAGUAGCUGCAUUUCUGUAUACACGCUGUGAAAUUCAGCAUUUGUUCCUACUUCAAACAAAGACAAUAGAUAGUGCAAAUCUUAAAGCGAUUUCAGUUUCUAAAGAUCAAAAUUCUGUUUUUGGUAAUCAAAAAGCAAGAUAAUUCUUGUGAGUAUUUUGCCACGUUGCUGUGGGGGCCCAGGCAGCAGCAGCAGCAGCAGCUUGGACCCUGUGUUGACAGAGCUGGGUUCGCCCACUGCAGCUCCCCCUGGCAGGAGAGGAAGAGAGAGUAAGGCUCGCUGCCUGCUGGGGUCAUGUGCUAUGUGGACCCGGACUCCCUGGGGAGACAGGAGGAUGAAUGGGCACAUUGUUACCUUCCAACCAAACACCCUGUCUCUCAAUGCAAGCCUGGGUUAGAGAGAGGGAGACAGAGAGCCCACGUUCUGCAGAGGCCUGUGUGUGUGUGUGUGUGUGUGUGUGUGUGUGUGUGUGUGUGUGUGUGUGUGUGUGUGUGUGUGUGUGUGUGUGUGUGUGUGUGUGUGUGUGUGUGUGUGUGUGAACAGCUCUCUUGGGACUUGCAUUGGCAAAUAAACAGCCUCACAUGGACUGGCUACACAGACCAGGUCAGCCCCAGCUCAGCAACUGCAGAUAGUGGUAAGAGGUGUAUUCGUGGGCCUGAACACAUCUCUGAGUGAGAGGAAUUUUGCCCUGGUUGGCCAAUACUCAGCCAAUAAGCAAACAGCUGUUGACCAAUGUAAACAAAAAACAAAAUAACUGGGACAGCAGUUAAACUUAGAGCAGACAAUUUUGGUUUGAGUGUCCUAAAAAAGAAGAAGUCAAAACACAAGAGGCUGCUGACACACUCUCACACCAAUGUAACCAACUAGACAAUAAAGAGCCCCACUCUUUUAUUCUUUUUUAAACCUGAAUCAGCCUUUUCUCUCAGCUCCUGUUUAAGUAUUGGAUAAGUGAACCGUAAGACAUGAGAGUAAACACUUGGUCUCUUUGGAGUUUAACCCUUAUCUUUCUCUGUCGGUCAGAUGCCAACCCUAUCAUCAAAGAGAGCUUCGCUAAGCAGCUGCUGCGCAGUAAGAGGCAGGAGCGACCAAUGAAGGCUGGCCACCCCGACGAGCCAAUGAGGGUAAGGUUCAUCCAGAGCAAAGAGCACAGUCACAUUAUAGGCGGUAUAGGACUGACUGUGGACUGAACUGAGUGUUGUCUUUAUGAAGAGUGCUUCAUUCUUACCUCCAGGUGAGCACUAUAAAAGACAAUGCACUGCUUCAGAUUAUUAUGUAGCUGUAGGAACCAUAGGAAACACAGAGUCCUUAUAAAUGCACUACAACAAGCCCCCAUCGUGGAAGUGUUUACAGUCAGUGAAUGCUUUAUAUUAUUGUUUUCAUGAUUAUUCGUAGUGAAUUACAGAGGAUCAGCUUUCACAAAUAACUUUCAUGACCAAUUUGAUUGUUUAUCAAACUUUUAAUGGCAUCUUUACAAAAGAUUGCAACAAUAUUAGGCUUAAAUUACAUGUAUUUAUAUGAUUAAAGUCUUUUUUGAGAGGAUGAGAGUUAUUACAAAAAUAUAUCAUUAAACAGCUGUGUAUUUACGCAGCCUACUGUCUCACAGACCAUAUUAUUGUAGGCCGAACAUGUGAGUUUAAAUAAACUGAUACUUUGUGGGUAACUAUAUAAAAAUGGAUAAUCAAAGUAUAUAUUCGCACUGCAGACUGUGAUCCUUUUAAAGUUAUUAUUUCACAGUCUCAUCAUUUAGAAUUUAUUCACUUGUUUUCCUCUACUUGGUCAGUUACUUUUACCUGUUUCUUCAAAGAUGAUAUUGCCCAAAAAUUACAAACCUAGCAAGGCCAAAAAAGGGUCAAUAAUCAUCAAAGAAAACUAAUCACUGGUAAAAUAAAAACUAAAAUAUUAAGUCAGUACCUCAAAACUUCAGUUAGUAGUCGUGGAUUUUAUUUGCUUCAAUCUUUGAACUCAUCUUGCCUUUUAUCAUCAAUGAGGGACAGGCCACUACUUUACUUUUAACAUGUUGUCAAAUCUUUUGCAUGGUAUGGCAAGGAAAAAUUAAUUCAGUAUAACCAGAAAUAUUGAUCACCUGUUUGCACAGUUAGUUCAUACCAGUAUAUAACACAUAACAAGGCUUAGACCAGAUGAGGAGUAUUGUUGUCCUAUUCUGCCACUCCUGGAUUUUGCAAUCCUGUUGUUCUCUCUGUGCAACCAUUAAAUGUGACAUUUGAGUAAAAGGUAGAUGUUAGCACUUGGUUGCACAGACAGGUAAACAAUAAGUGUUUAAAGGCCUCUGAAUUGUAUUUGUCAAAUAAAAGCCUAUCUUGCUUGUCUUGUUUGACAACACUUUUAGGUCUUUUUUAUACCACAGGCUGAGAAAAAAAAAGGCAAAUAUUGUUGUUUUCUACAUUUACACUGUCAGCCUUGUCUUGGUAAUAAGUCUUCACAUUUAAGAGGGAAACUUUUUCAAGAGUUUAUUUUUGUUGGUUUUGACUGGGAAAGGUUUAUCUAUCCAUUUUAUGCUUAUCUUUAUGCUUUAUGCUCAGUUAUCCAGAGACGGGCCUGUACGUAAAAGUCAAUUAUGAAUGCUUCAAAGUCAACAACAAAGCAGGUGAAGUAAUGAAGCAACAAAAUAUGAUUUUGUAAUACACUGUCAAACAUGGAGCACAUGAUCAUGGGACAACGGGAUUGAGCCCUCCUUUUUCACUUUGAGUUUAAAAUGAUGCCUGUCAAGAUCCAGCUGGAGUCUUGCUGGUAAGGCAUUUUAAAUGUCAGGGGAGUUCCCUAUUAAAUACUUGUUUGUAUUUUAUGAUAGGUUUCUCUGGUAUUCAGCACAUUAACAGAAAAAUAAUUUUGUGUACAGAGACCAAAACAAAAAAUUGGGUGCUUAUUGUGAUGUAAAGGAUAGUUUCAGUGUAAAACCCUUCAAGUAUAGUUCAACCAAAAGACAAAGAUCUCUCUGUGCACUGUGAGGUUAAUGACCAUAAUCCUUAGCCUUAAAAAGUGGCAGGUCUAAUGCCACCUCGGAGUGGGGCUCCUUUUUAUGUAUGUGAGCUGGGUGAAAUCAAGAAUGAAACUGGUUCUCUGUUUUACUGUUCCAUCUCACUGUGACGGAGGGGUUGUACCUCAAACUGACCCGAGGAUUCCUUUUGGUUAGAUGGUUUAAAAAAAAAAGGGGGGGGGGGGGGGGGUUGUGUUUUAGAAGAGGAAAUGUUCAUACAGACGGUUUUAUCUGCCAAGCCUUAUAAACCUAAAGUUAAGCCAAGAGGUCACUUGACCUGAUGAUCUAUCAUUUAAGGAUGAGAUUACAAAUCUUUCUUUGUUCAUUCAUGUUUUAAUCCCAGGUCAUUUUGCAGAAUGAGAUGUGAACUUUCUGCCAUCCUCCCUGUACUUGUGUGACCCCUUUUGACCCUCAAAACCAUUUUAGCAGUAUCAGAUUCUUACAGAAUCAGUCCUUCUGUUCAGCUCGCACUCAUCUCUUGAUUUUCACUUUGAGCUGUCAUGUGCUGUUGUGUUGUGAUGCAAAAGUGCAAAGCAGAGGUUCUGAGUCAGGGCAGAUUCCCCCUUUUUAUAAUUCACUUUCACUUGUGUGAAUCACAUUUACACUUAUCUGCUUGUUUCAUCUCACUUCGUUUAAUUGGUUCCUCUCCUGCAGGAGCAUCUGCUGCACAUGCAGGCUCUGGAUCAGAGGGCCCAGGAGACCAACAUGGAGCACUGGCUGAACCCUCACUGCUACCCCCGCUGUGACAGGAACUAUGGACACCCUGUCUGAUGAGGUCACUGCAAGUCUCAGUACACUCAAAUGUACAGUUCUCAUAAAAACGACGCUGCUCUUUCACUGCAGGAUAAUCGCUCAUUUCAAAGCAGGCCUGCUUCUCUGUCCAAAUAAAUCUUUGAAAUUAUAGAUUUUUUAUCACCACAUCACAUUUCAGAAUAACUCCAGGCCAAUUCGACAUGAAAUUAACUCUCGUUCAUCAACAUCAGAGGGAGUUUUUGGUGUUUCUCACUUCAUAAGAUAAGAUAAGAUGUUCCUUUAUUAGUCCCACAGGGGGAUAUUCCAAAAUUACAGCAGCAUUGCAUAGAUACAAAAAGAGAAAAAUCAAAAGAUAAAGAAACUUUGAGUUAAAAGUUAUUUAACUCAAGUCAGUUAGUUAUUUCUCUUCCUGUUUUUUUAUGUAUGAUGUGAUUUUUUAUGAUCAUGAGUGUUUAACACAAGCUGGAAACGUCAGAUACAAAACUCUAUCAGGGUCAGACUUAUGUCAUAUUUCUUUAUUCAGUUAUUCCAACACAAAACGUUUAGAAAUCAGCGUGGUUGAUUGUUGACAGAUAUCUGGGCUGGUUUUUCAAAAAGAAUAAUUUUGAAUCAAUGUGCUCCAUGUGUGAUGACAGAAAACAUUCACAGAUCAUCUCUGUCUAAUAGUUUCUCUUCAUUUAAACUGUUUUUUGCAUCUUUUGGCUCACAGGUAUGAACCAGAAGUGACAGCAUGGACUUGAUAACGGCAACAACCAAGAGAAAAAAGAUGAAAUACUCUCCCCUGAAAUGACCAUGACUGCUAAAUAAAUGGUCAUACAUAUAAUCUUAUGUUUCAGCUGUGUAGUCAAGUGAAAUCAUUAGUGUCUGCUUUUAUUCCCCUGAUUGUAUGUCAUGUUUCUUAGCUGAAUGAAAUGUAGGCCUUUUUACAUUCAAAAAUAAAUCAUGAUGCAUGUGUGCUUA